AUGGAUACUCUUGUAUCUAGAUACAGCAGGCCGACAUACGAGCAAAAUGAGCCGUUUGAAAACGAGGCACGGGAAAUGAUGGAUGCCACGUCAUGCCUGACCACCAAAUUUGCUAUGCCUCCCAUCUCUCAGCCGUCGUCUUGGCUUCGCGCGGCCACGGACGACCGGUCAAACCCCGACUGUCCCAUCAAGAUUGCUCACGGCACGACAACACUCGCCUUCCGUUUCCAGGGCGGCAUCAUCGUGGCGACCGACUCCCGCGCCACGGCCGGCAACUGGAUCGCUUCCCAGACGGUCAAGAAGGUCAUCGAGAUCAACAGCGUCCUGCUGGGCACCAUGGCCGGCGGAGCCGCCGACUGCCAGUACUGGCUGGCCUGGCUCGGCAUGCAGUGCCGCCUGCACGAGCUCCGGCACAAGCGCCGCAUCAGCGUCGCGGCCGCCAGCAAGAUCCUCGCCAACCUGGUCUACAGCUACAAGGGCAUGGGGCUCAGCAUGGGCACCAUGUGUGCCGGCGUGACCAAGGAGGAGGGCCCUGCGCUGUACUACGUCGACAGCGACGGCACCCGGCUGGCGGGGAGUCUGUUCUGCGUUGGUUCCGGCCAGACCUUUGCAUACGGCGUGCUGGACGCCGAGUACAGGUAUGACCUGAGCGAUGAGGAUGCCCUGGAGCUGGGCAGGCGAAGCAUCUUGGCGGCUACGCACCGCGACGCCUACUCUGGCGGCUUCAUCAACUUGUACCAUGUCAAGGAGGAAGGAUGGGUCAAGCACGGCUUCAACGACACGAACCCUGUUUUCUGGAAGACCAAGCUGGAGAAGGGAGAGUUUAGCAACGUCACGAGCGAGCUGGACUAG